AUGUUCGAAGGCAUUCUUGAAAGAGUUCUUUAGAGAGCCUUGGGUGAUUAUCUCGAAGGUUUAGAUAAGAAAAAUCUUUCAUUAGGAGUAAAUAAUCUAAAUUUAGUUUUAACAAUAUAGGUAUGGAGUGGAAACAUCAACCUAGAGAAUGUUCAUUUCAAGAAAACAAUAUUUUAAAAACUGAAAUUGCCGCUGACUUUAAAACUUGGAAGAAUUGGAAAACUAUAGAUAAUUGUACCUUGGAGAAGACUUAACUCUUCUCCUGUAGAAGUUUUUAUCAAUUAGGUCAACAUCAUUAUCUGUAAUAUUGCAAGUUACCGACUUAUUUUAGGUCCUCAAAGUAAAGAAGAAUGGGAGCUAAUUGAAACUUUUCAUACAGACUUUGAUCUCAGAGACUAGAUGAUAAGAUAAUUUGCUACUCAAAUAUACACCUAAAUCAUAGUAAAAAAGUUAGAUCUUAUCAAUUUAGAAAACUUAAGAAGCAGAAAUAUUCAUGUCAGACUUGAAAGUAAUGAAAACAUCAGGAAAAAGUUUUCGAUGGGCUUGACAUUGAAAGAAAUAAAUGUACACACAACUAAUUCUGAAUGGGAUAAAGAGUAUUUUGACAGAACAAGAGAGUAAAAUCUUGAAAAGCCGGUCUUUAAAGUACUUAACAUUAUAAAAUGUGGGAUUUAUUGGAGGACAUAAGAAGAUAGAUUCUUGACUUUUGAUUAUGACUAAGAGGAUGACAGACUAAUUGAAAUGAGAGAUAUGUUUCAUUAGGAUGAGGACUAUAUUUAACAAUAUAAAGAUGACUACCUACUCUAGCCUAUUUCAUUGAACAUGAGAUUACAGCAGAAUGUUUCUAGCUUAACUCUUGAAAAAGAAGCUGAAUAUAAGAUCUCAUUAGAAGUAGACGAAUUCAGCAUAUAUUUAUAAAAAACUUAGUAUGAUAAUGUGAUCAUGCUUAUGGAGCUUUUCAAUGAUUAUUAAAGUUAGCAAACAAGAAAGUACAAAUUUCUCAGACCAUAGGAUUCAUCCCCAUUAAGUAAACCUAAAUUGUGGUUGUAGUUCGCAAUUAAUUGCAUUCUCAGAGAAAUAAGACAAACAAGAAAAAAAAUUAACCAAUUUUAGAUUGAUUUUGAGAUGAAAUGUGAUAUGCAAGCGAAUUUCUAAAUUAUCUUUAAGAAAUAUCUAAUCCUUGAAGUUAAAAAUCAAGAUUUGACUGAACAGAAGCAGAUAAGCAAUAGGCAAUAAUUUUGGGAAGAAAAUUACUAAUUCUCAGCAAUUUAUCAACAUAUAAUACAAUCUGUGGAAUUUGAAGAAUUAAAGACAUGGACUGAUGAAAUUGCCUAGUCAUUAGCAAAUGAACAGAAAGAAAAAGAACGAUUAGAACAAUAGAGGAAUCAGGAGGGAGGUAUUUUAAGAUAUUUUACUUAUUUUGGCUCAACUUGGUUGGGAGGAGCAAGCUCAGAACCAGAGCAAGCUUAAAAUUAAAUAGAAGAGGAAAAGAUUAGCAAUGUCAGAAAGAAAUCAAGGGAUGAUUCUUUUAAAUCAGAUAGUGAUGAUGAAUUUUAUGAUGCAUACGAUGAGUUACCAUAAGACUAAGAUUAGAGAGACUAAUAGCCAUCUCAAACUAUAGAAGAAGAAUUUAGGUUAUUCAGAUAAUCGAUUCUUGUAUCCUUUAAGCCUUAAUUACACAGAGAUAAUAGCAGUCCCAAGAAAAAGAUAAGUGAAUAAGCGGUAUUAGACCUUCUAAAGCUUAACAUGCUUUCUACAGACGAGCAGAGAGAAAAUUAUAGAGAUGAUAUGCUAAAUUAACUUGUUCCUAACAUUCAAGCUAACUUUAUUCUUAAGUCUUUCUCAGUGUCAUUGGUUAAUAACUAAGAUAAGAAUGAAGGUAUUGAACUUUACUCUCAAAAUUUUACAAUUGACUUUAAGAAAUUUGACAUUAACAAUCCAUAAAAUGUCUUCACCUUUGAAUUAGUAGCCAGAAAUGAAUCGUUUGGAAUUAACCAAAUUACAAAGAUUGAGAAUUAAAUCUACAAAUCUUACAUAGUUUCGAAGAUCAUCAAAUAAAAUGAUAUAUAGCUUAACUCUUAAUUUAAUAAAUCUCCUGCAAUGAUUUCACACAAUGAUUCUGAUCGCUAUUAAUCGACUAUAAGGCUAAUUAAGGGCAAUUUAAAUUAGAAUAUUGGGUAGAAGUAUAUAGUUGAUGAUAAUGUUGAUUUUGAUUUAUCUGUGAAAUUUCAGCCAAUCUAAAUCAUUUACAAGGUGGUAGCAAUUUCUAAAUUAACUAAAUUCCUGAAAGUAGAAGCAUAAAAGGAAGAAGAGAUAAAAUAAUAGGCCUAUGAAAAGUUAGAAGCUAUUAAAUAGUCAGUUUCAAUAUCAGACGUAAUUAAAAAUAGAAAAAAGAAUCGAAUAAAAAUUGAAGUAGCUUCACCUAUUUUAAUAAUACCUUUCAAGAAAAAUAAUGAUAUUAACUCGGAGUGCUGGAUCUUUAACAUGGGUGAUUUUUCAUUUCAAAAUUAUGAUAGGUAGAGUUCUGAUAAGAUGGAUAGAAAUUAUGAUCACUACAAAAUACAAAUAUCUUAAAUAAUGAUGAGGUAUAUCAAGUCUUACAAAUAAUGGGUAGAAAGCUACAACCCCAAGAGCCUGUCAGUGAUAAGAGAGUUUAAGCUUUAGUUAAUUUUAAGUCUGAGAAAAAACUCAGCUAUCAAGUCAGCAAAUAUUCCUGAGAUCAUUAUGGAUGGAAAGAUGUCAAAACUUAAACUAUUCUUUAACCCACAUAUUUACAACUAAUUCUUGAAUAUAAGUAGAUUAUUGAGCAUGGAGAGUACCUCAUAAAACAACGGUGAAUAAUAGCAUUUGGUAAAUGAGAAGUUUUAGGUUCUAGAAAUGGCUACUUAGACUGGCCAAAUCAAGAAAAAAGGUAAUACUAUAAAAUUUUGGUAUUCCUAUUUUGGAGUACUUUCAGGGGCGUAUUUAUAUUUCUAUGAAAAGCAAAGUGAUCUUUAUCCAGAAGACUAUUUUUACAUCAAAGGAGGCCAACUGUAGAAAGACAUCGAUAAAUAAAUUGAGUACUCAAUUUAAAUUGAAAACUAAUUUGGAGACUAAUGCUUGAUUGCUUUUAAUAGCUAAAAGAGUCAAAAUGAAUGGGAAAAAGCAAUUAAAGAGAAGAUAUAUGAAUUAUCAUAAUAGUAGAGUCAACCAGAAGAAAAUAUUAAAAGAUAGAAUACAAAGCUAGAAGAUGAACUCGACGAUAUUGACCCAGAACAAUAAUAGAUGAGAUUCGAAUUUAGAAUACCAUAAAUAGAGAUUGAGUUAUUAGCUGAGCCUGAUGAUCUGUAAGGCUAGUAACUUGAUUCGGAAAACGAUCAUUCUGAAAAUUAAUCAGAGAGUACAAUGAAAUAGUUUGAUAUUGGACUAUUUACUCCUUGUAAGAAAUUAAGAAAAUCUAGUCUAGAUUUUGAAAAUUUCUAGAAUUAAAGACAAGACUCGGAGUAAGCCUCACCAUUUGAUAAUGAAUUUUAAUUCAUGCAACGCAAGAGCUUGAUAGAUGAAGAAGUAAGAGAUAAAAAAUGGUCUUCAAUAAUAAAGCUUGAGAAUAUAAACUUUAAGAUGGUAAGAAGGUCUUACGACUCAGACAUGAGUGUAGUGUUAUAGUAAUUGAAUAUAAGUAACUGUGACAACAAGAGAUUUCCAGAUAUGAUGGACUCGAAAUAUCAAUUGAAUUAAAAAGCAUUGAUAGAAAUUAAUAUAAAGAGGUAAGAGAAAGAGUCACCUAGAUAUGAAGAUGCUGACAUGUAUGUUGAUCUAUUAUUUGGAUAGUUAGAAGUUAAUUGGCACCCUAAAUCAAUCAAUCGAAUCAUAAGAUUCUUUAGGUACAUGAAAUUACCGGAGAUUGUGAUUUAAGAAGAGUAAGAAAAAUUACAGCAUAAGUAAAUCUACUAUGGAGACUCUAAAAAUGAUAACGGUAUAUCCCCUGGGUUAAGAAUGAAUUCAGACUUAAAAUUUAUGCAAAAUUGCUAGAACAUUCCCAACAUUUUAAUGAAAGUCAAGGCUAAACUAGAUUUACUCAAAAUUGUCUUAAUUCAUCCGAUUAACCAAACUUAUCCAAUCGCCACGAUUAGUUUAGGAAAAUUUGAUAUCAAUUAUCACAUGUGCUAUGAUCAUGACAUUUACAAGGGCAAAUUUGAUGAAUUUAAAAUAUAUGACCACACUAAUUUCCCUUUGACCCUUGACCCAAGAAAGAAUUAUCUGUAAAAAGAAUACCCAAAUCAUGAAAUCCUAGGAAUUAGAGUUGACUCAAACUAAGGUCCUAUGCUAUCUUUUGAUUUCUUGAUGUAUCAUGAUCCUGAACAUAAGACUUGUCCUUUGCAGGAUGACAUGUUUGAUAAGAAGAUUAAACUCUCACUAAACGCAAUCAGGAUAAACUACAUGUAGGAGCCUAUGUUUAGAAUCAAUGAUUACUUUUUCGCACAGUUUUUGGGAGCACUAUCUGACUCAAAUCCAUAUCAAUAGCUUAUUGAUUAAAUACAGAACUAAGCUAAUAUCACUACUCUUUUGAAGUAAGAUUAUCAAAAGGACACUAUGGUUACCCUUUAAGAAAUAUAGCUAAUUCAUCACGACAGAAGAUUGUCAAGUAUAGAAAAAAUGCCUCCUUAAAGACUCUUUUCCUUUGUUAAUAUAGAUGAUGAGAUUAAUUAGAGAGCCGCAUCACCAAUCCCGUAGCUAUCUAAACAUCUUUUGAAUCCUCCAAAUAGAUGGUAAAAUUUUGAUUUAAAGCAGUAUAAAAGAUGUACUGGACUUGAUAUUACAAUUGAUUGA